UAUUGAUAAAUAAUAUUUUAAAGAAAGAUAAAUUAUCUUCUUUUCGGAGCAGCACGUUAGAAACACGUUCUUGGAUCCGGUCCUCGUGCACGCGUUUAAUCAAAAUUCUAUAUAUUCGUUUCUGCAAAUUCUAUUUUUAAGAAUUUCGUGACACAAAAUUUCUAAAUAUGUGUACAUAAUCGAAUGUUCAUUUUUUUUUUGGUCUCGUGCGAGAUAAAUGUAUUUUGUUUUCAAACGAAUAUCAAACCGAUGGCUAUAGUUGUUCCGCCAGAUUCACCUAAGAAAUCGGUCAAGUCUACCGCAGUAGUAAAAUAUUCUGCCGUUCAAACGCCUGCCACCUUUGCUCAAUUGCAAUGCAAUACGAAUUUAAAUCUUCCACCUAGCAAUUGGCUUAGCAGUUCUGCCGAAAGUUAUGGUCUACAAAGUGUAUGGUCUCAAAACACAGGAUUCUCCAGUUUUCGCAUGGCUCAUAUGUUCCCGGACUGUGUGGGAGAAGUUGACGUUGUGUCGGACGCAGAAAAUAUAAAGAAAUUAUUAAAAUUACCUUAUAACCAUGGAGUUAUAUCUAUGAUGGUACACCGUAUUGAAAAUACUCUAUUGAUAGAUGAUUUUGAUAUACAUAAAUAUUUAUUACGGCAAGCGGAAAGUGACUGGGAAUGGUUAAAGAAAUUUUUUUACGAACAUAUAUUUCAAAACUUAGGAGAUAAAGAAAAACGAUUAUUUCAUAAAGCAAACAGUAGAAAUAGCUUGCAACAAAGGAAUUUAGUAUCGAAAUUCCUUUAUCAUUCUAUCGUAUUGGCAGAUAGUAAAGAACAGAAUAUAAAACCACCUUUGCCUGUCAAACCAUUGGAGCAAUGUUUGCCCGAACCAACGCAAGAAGAGAAAGUACCGGAUCCAAACUAUAAUCAUAAUUUCGCACGUAACGUUGUGUGGACUUUCGAAAACAUACAAAUGCUUAUUGGAACUGACAUGCCAAUAUUUGGCGGACAAACACAUCCUUGUAUUAGUUUGCGGUUAAGAGACAUGUCAAAACCUAUUAACGUAUUGACGGGAAUAGAUUAUUGGUUGGAUAAUUUAAUGUGCAAUGUUCCUGAAGUGGUCAUGUGCUAUCACUUGCAUGGUAUAGUUCAAAAAUACGAAUUGAUCAAAACAGAAGAUCUUCCUAAUUUGGAUGAUUCGAAAUUCAGUCCUAAACUUAUUAGAGAUGUAGCACAAAAUAUAUUAAGUUUCUUGAAGAACAAUGCUACGAAAGCUGGUCACACGUAUUGGUUAUUUAAGGGUAAAGACGACGAUGUUGUAAAACUGUACGAUCUAACAUCGUUAUGUAACGAUGUUACCGAUGAAAAAGGACAAAAUCCGUUUACCGUGCCAGUAGCGAUGCUGUUAUAUAGAGUAGCUCGAAAUAUGAAAUAUUCUUCUGAUUAUCACCGGCAUCAGGGUACUAUUCGAAUGCUAUUGAAAAACUGUGUUCAACUUCUCGCAAAGGAGAAAUAUCCGCAAAUCGUUACGUCUGCUCACUUUAUGCUUUCUGACUUAUAUGUACCUUCAAGUACGGAUCCCGUCAGUCCAGGAUUAUCCGAUCAAAGCGACGAGGAAGAUACACAGAGUGAAUGUAGUACAAAUCAUGAAAAUGAAAAAGAAGAAGACGAAGAAACUCCUAGUGCGUCUAUUAAAUCCUUAACGCUAGCAAAUAUCAAAGAGCAAGUAGAACAAGAAGGGCCUAAGUACAAACCACCACCGAUAACAGGUAGCGUAGAGGAAAGAUGUUUAACCGCAUUGGAGCACGUAGCGCAUGGUCUUGAGUGCUUAAAAUAUUUCCCGACUGAAGAAAGUUCGGACGAAGAACAAAAGAAAGCAGAAGAUAGUGAGAACGAGAAAAAGAAAUAUGAAGAAGCUAAUCCAAACAUGGCAAAACCUUUUCAAGCAAUACCGAUGCCUUAUGCUUCUUUAAAUCAAGAUAAAGGUAACGAGUCUGGUGAAACUUCGCAAAGUAACAGUCCUAGUCAUAAAAGAAAAAAUAAGCAAAAGAAGAAGAAAUCGGAGAAGUACACUACGAAAGAAAAUACCUCUAUCAACAACAAAGACACGAAAUCUUGGCUAUGUAAAUCAAAGAAUGAAACAUUACCCAUUUGGCAAGCUCCAAAAAAAAGCGAUAAUGUUAGCUGGAAUGCACAUUUAAAAACUCUUUUGUACGAAAAGGCUUCAUUGAUAUUUGCUGUUUUGGCAGAAAACGAGUAUGCGAAUAAAAAUUAUGGUGCCUCUUUGAGAUACAUAUUGGCGGUAUUGAGAUGCCAAAAAAUAUUGGAAGUUUGUUGCGGUAUAAGAAAUGAAAAAUCUAUUAGUUGUCUAUUAGGACGUGCUGGAGACUGUUGUUUUAUGACUGUACAAGACUGGUGUAAUAUAGAGAAACAUAGAAAGAAUUAUGAAAUUAAAAAUGUAACAGAGGAGAAGAUAAUCGAAGAAAUAUAUUCAAUGGAAGAUUUAGAUACGUACGGAAUAGAAUUAUUGCCGCAACGUCUUGAAAGUUUGGAAUUCACAUUGGUCGCCUCUUACAAAUGUUACGAAAAAGCCUUGUCCUACGAACCAUUAGAAGUAGAAAAAAAUAAUUUAUUAAGACGACUAGGAAAUAUUCAUAACGAAUUAGGCGUUUUAUACAUGAAUCAAGCAGGAACACGAUACCAACAAGAAAGUACAACAAACGAAUCGUCCCAAUCGUCUGCAGACGUUACUACUCUACUUAAUCGUUCCUUACAUCAUUUAGAAGCUGGUGUCAAAGCUUUCGAAACUGUCCACGACGAAGCAAAUUUGGCUCUACUUUAUUCGAAUACCGGUAGACUCAUGCGAAUUUGUGCGCACAUGCACGUUAAACAUAAUACACAGGAGCAAUAUUUUUACAAUAAAGCACUUGCUAAUUAUCAAAAGGCAUUGCAAGUUCUAGGUUCUAGAAAAUCUAAUCCUGCCAUAUGGGACACGAUAACAUGGGAUUUGUCUACGACACUUUUCACCAUGGCCACAUUAUUACAAGAUUUUCCUUCUCAGGGAAACAAGACAGAAGAAGAGCUCGAAAGAGAAGUAGUCGAUAUAUUACAGAAAGCUCUUAAACAUUGUGACGUUGAUACACCAGGUUCGAGACAACCGGUAUAUCAAUUUCGUGCAGCUAUCAUUCAACAUCGUUUAGCAUCUUUAUAUCAUCAUAUAUACAGAGAAUUCGAGCCAGAUUCGGAUAACGUCAAGAGGAAAAACAGUUUACAAUUAUGUAAAUUGUAUUAUGAUAAAGCUGCAAAAUUAUUAUUAGCUUUGGAACAGGCAACUGAAUUUUUGAGAGUUCAAAUGGAACGAGUUGCUUUGGCUGAACAUCAAGCACGAAGUGCCACAACGUUUAAUGGCAAAUUGAAGGCGUAUCAAAAUGGUUUAGAGUUAUUAUUACAAUGUCGAUCUAUCAUGGAGUUACUUUGUGAAAAGAAUAAAACGUCCAAAGAAAAAAUUGAAACUAAUAAUAUCGACGAAGGUGAUAAGAUUAAUAAUACAACCGAGGAUGAGAAAACUAUAGAGGAACAAAAGUUUUCGGAGGACGACGAGAGUUUGGUCGUUUUGCUUGAACAAAGGUUACAAUUUAUAUUGCGAUCGUUAACUAAAUUAAUUGUCAAUAAAAACACUGCCACGAAUAAAAAGGAAUACGAGACUCUCGCCAAUUUGUAUAAGCAAUGUUAUAGUCGAGCACUUAGGUCUGGAACAUUAUCAGGUAUCACAUUGAUGACUCACGUGACGCAACUAUUAAAAGAUCUAUGUAACAUAUUGCAACACAUAGAAUAAUAAGAAAAAAGAAAAAAAAAAAAAAUGAACUAUGUAAAUACAUACUUUAGUUCGUAGAACUUCAAACUGCGCAAGAGAUCUCGAUCCCUCUGUUAUUUCUUUUUAUUUUUUAUUUUUCUUUGAGAACUUUUAAUCGGUUACAUGAACAAAUCGAUUACUUCACGGAAGUCCGUCUCUUUUGUAAAUUUUUUGAAGGUUUAAAAUUUGUAUUCUAUUAAAAAAAAAAAAAAAAAAAGAAAAAAAAAAGAAAAAAAAGAAAAAAGAAAAAGAAAAAAAAGAACAGAUCCUAUCAACGUUGAUUAUUAAAUUAUAAAUUCUAAAGGAGGAACGAGAUCCACAAAUGCAUUUUCGACGAUCUCCGAACUGCCUACAGUAUAUAUAUAUAUGUGUGUGUGUGUGUGUGUGCGUGUGCGUUUGUGU